AUUCGGCUCUGCUGAUUGGAUGAUGCGUGCACAAUGUUACGUGCUAGCGCAAGGACCUUAGGAAUUUGAAAGGAAUUAUGCUAUUUGCAGCUCUGUCUAAAGUCCAGACCAUUCAAAAUUCCUUUUCGUUGGGAAGUUAAUUCCUUGUAUAGGGGUAUUAUUGUUAUAUAAAUAACAUUGUUAUGAACAAACUUUAUAACAAAUUGCGGUUUCUUUACAUAAUUUGGUAGCCCUGUGUAUAUUCAGUUGUUAAGAAACAAUAGAAAAUUGUAUAUUAGUGGUUUAUAUGAAAAUAAUUUAUCACAAAGAUAAAUAAUUAAUGUUUCAAGCAGAAUAAUGGAUGAAAAAAGAUUUUCUUAUUUGUUCUCUACCUCUGAACCACUACUUUCUCAAAAUGCAAUUGGUAGGAUUUCUGUACCAAAGGCACCUUUGCAGAAGGAUGAUAUAGUUAUUGAAAAUGAUGAUACAGAUUUGCUAUCACAUAGUGAUAUGAGUUGGGAAACUAUGGAGGAUAGAUAUAUGUUAUUUGAAAUUGCAUCUAAUGAUUCUAUAUCAACUACUUCAAAGUCUUCAUCCAAUUCGAAUCUUUCAUUUUCAUUGCUUGAUCAAAUAUCACUUUCAAUAGAUCAAAAAAUAAUACAAUGUGCAACUGAAAACAACUGGAGUAGUUAUGCUCUAGAUAUCAGUUUAUGGGAUGAUGGUAGAGCACCAGUUAUGAAAUUAAGAAAUCUUAAAGAAACAUCAUUUGAUGAUAUAGAAUUCUGUGGAUAUCUUACUGACAGACUAAUAGGAGUUGGAAAAUCAUUUUUGACUAAAUCUCCUGAAAAUAGUCUUUAUAUAUUAAGCAAAUGUAUUAUGAGAAAUAUGUCACUAUCAAAUAUUACAAUGUUAAGUUACCACCGUUAUUUACAAUAUAUUGAUCUUGCAUAUAAUUAUAUUACAAAUUUAUCACCCCUGGGAGGAGUCCCCUACUUAAUGUAUUUAAAUGUAGCACAUAACAGAAUGAAUACUAUUCUAAAUUUUUCACCUCCUUGGUAUUUGACAUAUGUAAAUUUAUCAUACAAUUAUAUAUCAAAAAUGUAUGAUAUCAGUGAUUUCUGGAGUAUUGUUCACUUGGAUUUGUCACAUAAUGCAAUUGAAACCAUUACUGGUUUGCAAAAUUUGAAAUAUUUGAAAUAUUUAAAUUUAUCAUAUAACUUAAUUGAGUACAUUGAAAAUUUGGAUAGAUUAAAUAUUCAAGAACUAAAUUUAGAGGGCAACUGUAUACUGUCAUAUAAAUCCGCCAUUCCUGGAUAUGGCAUAAGUACUUUAUCUGAUUUGCGGAAAUUAUAUUUAGGAUACAAUAAAUUGUCUACUUUAGAAUUUUUUAAGGAUGCAUAUAGUUUACGUGUGAUAGAUUUAAAGUUUAAUAGAAUCAAUGAUUUAUUAGAAUUAUUAAAUCUCACUGGUUUAAUACAAGAAGUAGAUUUUAGAGGUAAUAGUUGCACAAAGUGGCCUAAUUAUAAAGCUGUACUUCUAUUUUCCAUACCAAGUAUACAGAUUAUUGAUGGUGUUAAUGUAUCUACUUCAGAAAAGAUUGCUGCAGUUGCUCUAUUUGCACCACCAGUAAAUUUAACAGCUGCUCGCACUAUAACAAAGCUAACUUUAUUAGAGCAAUUAAAUAUUCCUAAAAUUGAUCUUCAUGUAACACCAUAUGAUGAAGUGAGCCCACCUAUAAUAAUACUCACAGGUCCAAGUGCAGUGAGAAAAUUAUCUUUGGCUCUUCAUGCGACCCAAACAUUAUCAAAAAAAGUCCAAUAUUGUCAGUGGUAUACAACAAAAAGCUCAGAAGAUGAAAGUGAAAAUCAAUUUUACAUUUUUGUAGACAGAGAAGAAUUUAAUGAUAUGUCUCGUCAUGGAGAAUUUUUAGCAAUUCAAGAGAGAUUAGGAUACAGCUAUGGAUUUCAUCACAAUCAAAUUACUUCCUUAAAAUUAAGAAAUAAAAUUGGUAUAACACAAACGGAUUUACAUGCAACCAUUCAAAUGCUUAACCGGUAUUCCAAUAGUAGAGCAGUUCUUGUGCUCCCAAAAAAUGAAGAAAUCCACCGUGAAUGGAUACAAGAAAGGUUUUAUGUUUAUACAUGUACUAAAGAUAGUAAAGAAAAUUUAUUAUCUGAAGAAAGUUCAGCAAUACCCAUAGGAAGUGAUAUAAAUUUUAUUAAAGAAAUUUUAAAUGAUAUUAUAAGAGAUCUUAAAUUGCUUCCCAAAAUUCCACUGGCAACAGAGACUGAUGAUAAAACAACUCAUAAUACAUUGGGGAAUGUAACAAUAUUUGAUGAUGAAGCUGUGCAGGGUACAACAGAAAUGAAAGACAAAACAUCAAAUUAUAUUAAAUUUCAGGAACAAGACACUAAUUCACAUUUUGAUGAUAAAGGAUUACGAGUAUUGAGUUUAUCUAGCACUAGAGAAAUAGAAAAUUUGAACACGGUCUUAUUCAUUAAAACGGGUCUUGAUAUAGGUGAUUUUUUGAGAAUACCGGAUAUUUUUAGGAAAUCCGAUACUUUCGCGAACUCGACCCAAUCCGAUGUGUUUCUGUUUCAUUCCAACUAUCGGGUAAUUUUAGAUGAGCAUUCAAAUGUUAUAGUGGAAGAUGAACAAUUAAGGCGUAAAAGACAUCAAGCAAAACUUUUGCAGCGUCGUAAUACAUUGAUUCGAGGAAUAGUACCUUUAUUUACAGAUGAACUUAGUGAAUCAAGUGAAGAACUAUUAACAAGAAGAUCGCCAGAAAUGGAAAAACCAGAAGAUAUGAAAGAUUUCUAUACCGACUUGAUAUUAAAGUCAAGAAAAAUGUAUCUAGAUCAACAUGUGAAUAAGCCUGGAUUUUUUUCCUUAGUGCUACUAUCAGAUGAUUAUUUUAAAGCAUUUAACAAAUUAAUUAAUUUUAUUUAUGAAUUAUACACAAAUUAUUCUUUUCAAGAACCUAAAUUUUUAGCAGAACUUAAUCAUUUUUCAAAGAUUGCUAUUCCGGCAAUGGUUGAUCCCAUUAUUGAUGAAAUAAAACAAUCUUUAUCAACGCCUAUAUUACAAAGAAGAACUUUGUUGAGAAUGUAUGGUGUUACUUCAUGGAAGGAUUUGAUGCCCAGUCAAAUAGUAGAAGAUUUAACUGAUGUUGCGGAUUAGGUACAAGAUAAAUGUUCAGUUAUAAAACUAGUUAAUCCACUCAUAAUUCAUUUUUUAAAGUUUUCAUUUUACUGGUUAUAUGAUUAUCUUGUACAAUGUAUUUUAUUGAUAACAGUCUGUUUUUAAAUAGUAAUAUAUAUAUUACAAAAA